AUGGUUCAUGCGAAGUUCAUUGUACCAGCAAACUUGACGUUGCGGCAAACCCUUAUGUUGUUAUUUUCAAUAGUAGAGAGUCAAUUUAACAACUGUCAAGAAACCAUUCAACUGGCUGACAAUGAUUCAUCUUUGCUUAGAAAGCUCCCCAAAGCGCUAGGGCAAGUGCUAACUUACCUUGAAGAGGGAUUAACACAGGUUGAAAAUAGCUAUAAGUUGAAAGGAAUCUUUGAGUUGAGAAAUUCCGAAGUUGUUGACAUUGUAAAUGAUCUCAGGAUUUUGGAUCAUGAUAUUAGGAUCAGCAGAGGCACAGUGGAGAAAAGACUCGCAUCCGAAACUGUGGAGAGGCCCUUAUCUCCCAGUAGCUCUUCUAGCCAUUUUUCACUCUCGAGUUUGCUGAAAAAGACCAAGAUAUCCGCCCGCAAAGAGGAUCAGAGACGCAAUAAGGAAGUGCGCGAUGCAAAGCAAGCUUUGGAGAUCGGAGAACUCAAGAAGAAAAAACAAGAGGAACAAGAGCGUGUUAUCAAGGAGAGGAAAGAACAAGAAAAGGCUUUAGAAGAAGAGAAGGCCAGAAUUUUGGAGCUGGAAGUAAAGCGCCAAGUGGAACAGGAAAUGGCCAAUAGAGCUCGUCGAGAGACGAGGGAAGCUAGGUCUGUAGCCCAAAAGGAAAGAAAGCCCCAGGCCGGUGCUUUCGAAAAGCCCAAGGGCGCCUUUGAGCGUACUUCUUUGGAAGCGAGAAGGUCACCCCGGAGGUCAGCAGACCAAUUGCGUCGUCGAAGUUUGGACGGAGGCGCAAGGGCCAAGACAACCAGUGGCUCCGGACAUAGUCGCCAGGCUUCGGAUACAAAUCUAGCGGCCACUGGAAGCGUAAGCCGAGCGGCCAACUUGGCAUGGUCACAAAUGACACCCUCAACAGAUAAAGCCAAAAAGCCUCUAACUCUUUCCGAUUCAGGGCUUUCUCUCGUCUCCAAGCCCAAAUAUGAAUAUGUUAAGCCAACGAUUAAGAGACCUACCAUAAAGACCUCCGGACUUUCAGCUGCUCCAAGGAAGCAGCUUCCCGAGGAGAAAUCUGAGAAAUCAAGGACUCGUGAACGAAUAACUAGAGUACGCUCACCAGUGUCUCCGACACAAACUCCCUCAAUUUCCUUUUCUCCUGGUUUGAAAUCGCCCAAAGCAACGACGCCGGACGUCGAAUUAUCGCCUCAAGAGAAGAAAAUCAACCACGUAAUGCAGUCGUUAGAAGGCGUUGACGAAGAGGCUUGUCAACACAUCCUAAAUGACAUACUUGUUCUGGGCGAGAAGAUAUAUUGGGACGAUAUUGUUGGCUUAAACAAAGCAAAAAACUCACUCAAGGAGACGGUGGUUUAUCCCUUCCUGAGACCUGAUCUUUUCAAGGGUCUAAGGGAGCCAGUCUCGGGUAUGCUACUAUUUGGUCCUCCUGGCACCGGGAAGAGUAUGAUUGCUAAAGCGGUAGCUACGGAGUCACAAUCCACCUUUUUCAGCAUAAGCGCCUCUUCUCUGCUUUCCAAAUAUUUGGGAGAAUCCGAAAAGCUUGUAAGAGCGUUAUUUUACCUGGCCAAGAGGCUUUCGCCGUCCAUCAUUUUCAUAGACGAGAUCGACUCUUUGCUAACAUCGCGGUCUGAUAACGAAAACGAAUCCUCCAGAAGGAUCAAAACCGAAGUGCUGAUACAGUGGUCUUCACUCUCAAGUGCGACUGGAAGGGAGAGGGAAGAGGAUGGACAGUCAGAUGGGAGAGUUCUUGUACUAGCCGCUACGAAUUUACCCUGGGCUAUCGACGAAGCUGCACGGCGCCGGUUCACCAGACGGCUUCAUAUCCCAUUACCGGAGUACGAAACUAGAAUUGCGCAUCUCCAGCGGUUACUGGCGCACCAGAAAAACGCAUUAUCAAAGCAGGAUUUCGAAACCAUAGGGAAGUUGACAGAAGGCUAUUCCGGAUCAGAUAUGACUGCUCUGGCCAAGGACGCUGCGAUGGAGCCCAUUCGAGAGCUCGGUGACAAACUCAUUGACGUUGAUUUUGGAAAAAUCAGAGGCAUCAACCUCCUUGAUUUCCAGAACGCCCUAUUGACCAUCAAAAAAAGUGUAUCUCCUAGCUCCCUAUCACAAUUUGAUGAAUGGGCAGCUAAUUUUGGUAGCUACGGUGCUUGA